GGGGCUGCGGCCGACAGGCGCUGGAGCUGGCGUGUCGUCAAGUGCAGCUUGGAAGCACCAACUGGGCCCAUUUUACCCGGACACGUUGCUAGGUUGCCCUUCUGUGAGCUCUUCAGGGGACUUCUCCUUUGCUGGACUUGGCAUCACCAGCCCCCGCCCCCGAGAAGGAGCAGCUCCAUGGAAACGGCAUGCACGGCUGUCCAGAGCAAAUGGGUGAUGAAGCCAGUGGCUAGAAAACCUGUUCCAUUUUCCCUGACUUCGGAUUCUUAGAGAGCAGUUUGUUCCAGCGGUACCCAGUUGUCUUCAGCAUGAAGGAGAACCACUCUGCUGGGAAGGAACUUCAGCACAGGACACAAGCAGAAGCUCCAGGAAUGACAAGCUGGAACUCCCAGGCCUAUACUUUUGGGGCUGUUUCCAACUUUAUAUCUACUUUUGUGACUUUUCCCAUCUAUAAGGUUGUGUUCCGGCAGCAGAUCCAUGCUGUGGCAGUGUCAGAGGCUGUGAGACAGCUUUGGCAUGAAGGCCCUCAAUACUUCUAUAGGGGAAUCUACCCCCCUCUUCUUUCCAAGACAUUGCAAGGGACUCUACUAUUUGGGACUUAUGAUAGUCUUCUGUGCUGUCUCUCCCCUGUUGGGCCAUACUCCCUGAAACACCGCUGGGCUGCUGGACUCAUGUCUGGUGUGGUAGAAGCUGUGGCACUCAGCCCCUUUGAAAGAGUACAAAAUGUGCUCCAGGAUGAUCGCAAACAAGCUCGCUUCCCCAGCGCCGUCAGCAUUCUCAAAGAAUUCAACUCUUAUGGGUUUUGGGGGCGGCUGUCACUGGGCUAUUAUCGUGGUUUCUGGCCUGUCCUUAUCAGGAACAGCCUGGGGAGUGCUCUCUAUUUCUCCUUCAAGGAUCCCAUCCAGGAUGGCUUGGCAGAGCAAGGCCUGCCCCACUGGGUUCCUGCCUUGGUAUCUGGUAGUGUUAAUGGAACAAUCACUUGCCUAAUUCUGUAUCCUCUUAUUGUGCUAGUUGCUAAUAUGCAGUCCCAUAUUGGCUGGCAGAGAAUGCCAAGCCUGUGGGCCUCUGUGCAGGAUGUGUGGGACACUCGGGGUCGAAAGGUACGCCUGAUCUACCGAGGAGGCUCUCUGGUCAUCCUAAGGUCCAGUGUGACUUGGGGUCUCACUACUGCUAUCCAUGACUUCCUGCAGAAGAAGUCUCACUCCAGGAAAGAGCUGACUGAUUAGCUGCAGGCAGUGUAGUCGUGGCAUCUUGGUUCUUCUAAACUUUUCCCUGUUGGUUCCUAUAUAGCUACGUUCUUUAGGCUUGAUUACCUAAUACAGGGAUUCUUUAGCAUCUGUCAACUGUCAUUGCAUGGAAAAAGUUCCCAACUAUCAGCCUGUUGGGCACAAACAAAACCUAACAACAUUCCUUGGUCAGAAAGAGAAAGUUACUCUGGUCUAGCCACAGCUUCAAUAGCCUCAGAGCCAGGCGGCCCUUAAAUAACUUUGAACCUAGAUUAAAUGCCAUUCCUUUAAGGGAUUCAUUUAUGAGCGGAACCUUUAUAAGAUGACCUUACUCAGGCAUGUUGAGUUUUUGUACCCCUCCAUAUGUCUUCCAGACCAAACUGAGCAGAACUCCAAUUUCAAAGAACUGUUCUUGACUCUGAGGAUUCCAUAAAACUUCUCAGAUGGCUACAUUUUUCAUGAUGUUGCUCAGUACCCCUCCCACAGUCACUCUCACAUCUUCAGGCUAGUUCCUAGUCACUGGGUAGCAGCUAUGACUUAAAAUCCUAAAUUUGGCUUGUUUCACUCAUUGGGUGCCAUAAGAACUGGUGGGGCUGGAUUUGGGAAUGAGAAGAAAUGUGGUCCCUGGAUAGAAAGAACAAAGACUUUGAAGGAUGACAUUUAAUUACAUGCAAAAGCAGAAAAAUUGAUUAUAGAUUGCUUAGUGUUAUCUGCUAGGACUUUUUUGAUGGCAAGAUUAUUUCCUUGCCCAGAAACUGCUUCAGUUUCCCUAAGAAAUCUGGAAGUGUCUAUGGCCAUACCAUCCUGCAUGCUCCUGGUCUUGUAUGAUCUCAGAAGCUAAGCAGGGUCCUGCCUGGUUAGCACUUAGUACUUGGAUGGGAGAAAUCUGGAAGUGAAUUGAUCAUAUCUCUUCAUAAAUAAUUGCAUAUUUUCUUUGAUGUGGAUAUAUUUGCUAUGACACAAAGAUUAGAAAUGUUAAACUGACUUUCAGAGCUAUUCAAAAUAUGGUCCCCAUGUACUUUUCAACAUAUUAUCACAUCAUUCCCACUCACAUGGACCCCAGACAUCACCCAAAUUGAACUAUUGUUCUCUCUCAAAACGUGCCAUGAACUUAUCCAUCAUAAUACUUUGACCAUAUUAUUUUCUGCACUUGCAGUGCUCCUUCUUUUGACCAGUCAGCCAAAAUCUUUCUGGUUCCUGAAAGUCUAGCUCAGAUCCCAUAUUCUCUAUGAGUCUUUUCUCUAUUUUACCCAACAAUGUGACAUUGGUCUCUUACAUCAACAUGCCACUGAUUCCAUUAUGUCAUUGAUUCAUGUGGCGUUGUGUUCUUGAUGUAUUUUAAUACCUCCUAGUAGACUGUAAAAUUCUUUGAAAGCAGGGAUUCUUUUUGGUUUUUUUGGUACUGGGGAUCGAACUUGGGUCCUUGGCGCUUGUGAGGCAGGCGG